GUGCACCUUCAUAAUAUUCUUGCAAAAUAACAGGUUUAUACAAUACGUACUAGGUUCAUUGUUUCAGUCGGUACGGUAGGUACUACCUACCUACAAUAAAGUUCAUUCACACUUGUUUUUUUUUUUAAUUCAAAUGUCAUGUCAAAAGCAAGCAAGCGAGUAGGUAAAGUGGUAAACUAUACGGAAAUAGCUCGCAAACGCAAAUAAGAAAUAUUAUAACGCGUCCCAGCCUACUGUCUGGUUGUUAAUAAUUAAGUUAAGUCUUAUUAUAAACUUUUAGUCCAUGUGCAAUAAUGGCUACAACAGCGUACGAACAUGACGCUGACGGCUGUAAAUUCAUACCUGCAACUCAGAGGCCAGAUGGCACGUGGCGUAAACCAAGGAGAAUAAAAGACGGAUAUGUGCCACAAGAAGAAGUGCCACUGUACGAGAGUAAAGGCAAACAGUUCAAGGCCCGGCAAAACACGGGCCUACCUGUAGGUCUUACACCGGAAAUUGUAGCAGAGGCCCAGCGCUCUAAGAAGAAUCAAAGUGGAGUUAUACAACCGAUACCAGGCAUGAUAAUUAAUGUUGAGAAGAAGAAGAAGAAAAAGAAGACUGGAGCCGAAGAGGCAGCAGAUAAACUUGCCAAAUGUGAAAUCACCGAGCCUGUCUUCAACACAACAUCUUCCCAACAAAAUUCUGCAUCUUCACAAACUGACCCAGCAAAACGCCUUAAAAAUCUCAGAAAAAAACUUCGUGACAUCGAAACACUUGAAGAAAAGAUAAAGUCGGGAGGUCUAAAGAACCCAGAUAAAGAUCAAAAAGAGAAGAUAUCAAAGAAAACUGAAGUCUUAAAAGAAAUAGAAUUAUUAGAAAGACAAACUAGUUAAGCUAGUGCUUUAAGUUAAGCCAAAAUUGAUGAAUUUUUGUGAAAAUGAAAUCAUGUAUUUGAUUCUAAUAACUGUGUUGUCUUGUGAGGGUGCAUUAAUGAAAUGUUUCAGUUAAUUUUAAAUAAAUUAUUUACAAGCA